AUGCCACGCCCUUCCGAACGGACAGGAUCCUCCGCCGCUUCUUCGGGCACCACACGACGUCAGCCGGCCGUCUCGACCGCUUGCGACUUUUGCCGUCGUCGAAAGAUUCGCUGCAACGGCGAACAGCCAUGUGACAAGUGUCAACAGCAUAGCAGGGCCAACUCCUGCCACUUUCAGGAUGCUCCAGCUCGACCGGGCAGACGACCCAAGAACACCGCAUCGCCCGCCCUCGAUCAGGCACAAAGCCGCAUUCGCCACCUCGAAGAGCAGCUAGCUAGCGCCAGACAGCAUUCGUCGCCAAUCGGUCCGCGCAAUGUACGUUACAGCAGCACAGAGAGCAGCUUCGACUCGUCCCGAGCGGCUGCAAGACUUGCGAAUGGUGUUAGUGCAACGCACACUGUCGCCAACUCGCACACGCUUUCAGAUGAUUCGGAGGAUGAAGAAGCCUCGUACGAUCAUGGAACGAGCACAGUGGCUCAACCAAGCCGACCCAGCUCGUCCACACUGCAUGCUGCUAGCGUGGGGCCCCGCAACUCGUCUCCCCUGCCCACUUCGCCAACCUCCUCGGCAGUCGCCAACAUCAUCGCAGACCUCGGCAACCCGAGACAUUCCAUCGCCCGUUCCGAUCGUGCCGCGUCAUCCGCUUCUCCCAGUCAGCAUGGUACUCGGGGAGUCAUGUCGAAUCUUCGCGUCAACAACAGGGGCGAGUCGCGAUACCAUGGUCCUACCAGCGCUUCCUUCAGUGCGCCCGAACCUUUGAUCGUCGAUGCGCAAGCUGAUGCUGCCCAAGGCCAUGUUCAUGUCGAUGGAGCAGCAGAUGGUAACGCCAGGGACGACAGCCAAAAUCAUCGUCUGUCCUUGGACCCAGCCGAGCUCACCGACAGACUGACGUCGCUAGCUGCGAGGGAGAAGCAGCAAGAGCUGAUGAACAGCGUAGCUGGCAGGCUCGAUUUCGACGGUGUAGAACCGGAACUCGCCAUCCACCUGCUAAAUUUGCAUUGGAAUCGACAGCACCACGCCUACCUCGUCACUUAUCGACCUCUGUUCAUGCGGGACAUGGCUGCUCCUCCGGGCAAAGCCAAGUACUUUUCCAAACUUCUGUUUCACGCUAUUCUGUUUGGUGCGGCCAAGUUUUCGGAUCGAACUCAUCAGGUCAGGUCGGAUGUCAACGAUCCUUCCACUGCUGGUCAGCAAUUUUUGGAGAGGGUGCAGCAGCUGCUGCCGGAAGCGUUGAUCAAGAGUCGAAUCACGACCGUUCAAGCGCUGCUUCUGCUGGCCUGCACACAUUAUGCGAGAGGUAGCGAGAGUGCUGCUUGGUUGCAUUCCGGCUUGGCAUUUCGUAUGGCCAUCGACCUGGGGAUGAACGAGGACAGCAUCGAGCUCGUUGCUUCUGGAAACAUGGCGUUGGAGGAGCUCGAGCUGCGUCGGCGCGUGGUGUGGGCUGCGUUUGUGAUCGACAAGAUCCAUUCGCUUUAUCAGGGUCGACAGGCUUCAAUCGAACGACGCAAUCUGUACGUUCCGAUCGAGUUCCACGAUCAUUUCGAAGAAACCGAGUUCUGGACACCUGUCGCCUUUCACCGACCGUUGCGAGAAGCUGCUGGAGGCCAAGGGUCGUCGGCGAGAGGUAACAACGGCGUGGCACCUACUGGAUACACGGGCCCUAUCUAUAGCGUCUCGACUUUUGCCGAGCUGUGCAGGCUGACGGUGAUCAUGGAAAAGAUCAUCCAGAUCUUCUACUCGAUCGAUAGUGGUGCGCGAUCCGAGCGGGCGCAGACAGAGCAUCUGAUCGGCAUGCGGUCCGAGCUGGCUUCUUGGCGUACGUCGUUACCUGCGCACUUGCGAAUCGACUCGAACUCGCCAGCAAGCCGAAACGGUGGCGGUGGCCAGCGAUCUCGCACCUGCCCGCCCAACCUCAUCUCAUUGCAUGCGCUGUACCAUGCGCUGACCAUCCUGCUCAAUCGACCUUUUUUGCCGCACGGCCACCUUCGCAGCGACGAUGCGGCAUCCGGAAGGUCGGCCUGGAAGGCAUGCGUCGACGCAGCAUCCAGCAUUUCGAGCCUCAUGAACCUCUACCGACAGACGGUCAGCAUGAAAGGUGCACCCCAGCUCAUCUCGUACAUCAACUUUUGCGCAGCCGGCAUUCACGUCCGAGUAGCAGCGCAGCUGCAGCAGUCCAACAACACCAGUGGAGAAGCGGCCGCGAACACGGCUGCUGCUUCCAGUCGAAGGUACGAGCUCAAAGCCCUGCGACAGUGUCUCCAGGAUUUCGAGGAGAAUCAAGAUCCCAAUCCUGGUGUGGUAAAGGCAAAGAGCGUGAUCAGGAACAUGGCGGAGAGGGCGGGCAUCCUGGAGCUGAUUCAGGACGAUGGAGAGGAAGGUGGCUUGUCGCCGAUGAAUCAGGAUGAGAGUCCUACGACGAGUGGUUCUGGUGGUCAGGGAAAUGGUCAAGGCGUCGGUAUAUCGAGUUCUGGAAUUACGAGUGGAAACGAAGCCGUCGGUCGACACGGAAACGCAUUGUCGAUGGCGACUCUAUCAUCCUCGGCUUCGAUGACCGCACCAUCAGCGACCGGAGGCGGUGCUACAGCAACAGCAUUGAAUCGACUCGGUGGUGGCGGUGGUGGACCGGCAGACAACUCGGCUCUGGGAAUGACACCGCCAUACGAGAUUGACUUCGAGAGCAUCCUCGCUUCGUUCGAUCAGUUUGAAUCGGCAGCAGGGCCGGGCAGGGACGGUUUCCCAGCAGGUGCCGCGGAUCCAAACACGAAUUCGGACAUUCUCUUUGGCUUUCUCCGUGACUACGAUGCUCCUUCUGCACUGUCAUUAUAA